AUGGGGGAAAAUCAGACGGCAGUGACAGAGUUCAUUCUACUAGGAUUUUGUUUUGGCCCAAGAAUUCGGAUGGUCCUCUUUGGGCUCUUCUCUCUGUUCUAUGCCUGCACCCUGCUGGGGAACGGGCUCAUCCUGGGGCUCAUCUGGCUGGACUCCCGACUGCACACCCCCAUGUACUUCUUCCUCUCCCACCUGGCCAUCGUCGACAUAGCCUAUGCCUGCAACACCGUGCCCCAGAUGUUGGUGAACCUCCUGAAGCCAGACAAGCCCGUCUCCUUUGCUGGCUGCUGGACACAGACCUUUCUUUUCUUGACUUUUGCUCAUACUGAAUGUCUUCUUCUGGUGGUGAUGUCCUAUGAUCGUUUUGUGGCCAUCUGCCACCCCCUCCGAUAUUCUGCCAUCAUGCGCUGGAGGGUCUGUGUCACCCUGGUGGUGACUUCCUGGGCAUGUGGCUCCCUGCUGGCCCUGGUCCAUGUGGUUCUCAUCCUAAGGCUGCCCUUCUGUGGGCCUCAUGAAAUCAACCACUUCUUCUGUGAAAUCCUGUCCGUCCUCAAGCUGGCCUGUGCUGACACCUGGCUCAACCAAGUGGUCAUUUUUGUGGCCUGUGUGUUUAUCUUACUGGGGCCCCUCUGCUUGGUGCUGGUGUCCUACUCACGCAUCCUCUUUGCCAUCCUGAAGAUCCGGUCCGGGGAGGGCCGCAGAAAGGCCUUCUCCACCUGUUCCUCCCACCUCUGUGUGGUGGGGCUCUUCUUUGGCAGUGCCAUUGUCAUGUACAUGGCCCCCAAAUCCCACCACCCUGAGGAACAGCAGAAGAUCCUUUUCUUGUUUUACAGUUUUUUCAACCCUAUGCUGAACCCACUGAUCUAUAGCCUGAGGAACGCAGAGGUCAAGGGUGCCCUGAGGAGAGCGCUGUACAAGGAAAGUCAUUCCCAAUUGGAGUGACAUUGGAAUCCCUAGGCUCAGUAGUUCCCUGGAGCCUUGGGUACUGUGUACCACCUAAGCUUCUCACUCUUUAUAUCUGAGACUGAAUAAUCCAAGAGAUUCUGUAAAGCACUCCCUUUUCCUGUCCAGAAAGUACUUGGGUUUUUUUGCAUUCAUUAUAUGUAAUUCUAUCAAAUGUAUUCUUUCAUCUAACUGCACAGUCAGUUGAGAGCACCUAGAGGAAUAAAUUGAUUUCA